CCUUUAUUCUUCACGUUUCUCACAUUUACAUUUUACAUUACAUUUCACAUUCUUAUACUCACACUUAUACUGCAUACACUCAUACUGCAUACAUCCUCGAGUAUAUCAGCUCCAGCUAAGCUCAGCUCGGAAUGUCCAGCUGAGCUCCCCUCGUAUUUAUUUAUUCCUUUGCUCUAUUCUAUAUUGUCUUUCUGCCUCUACCUUGUCUAUUUUCCAUACUUUUGUCCAUAUCUUGUCCGAUCGAUAUAUCUUCGGUAUCUGUAUUCUAUCGACAUGCCCCCCCGGAGCUCCCUCUCCUCCUUUUCGGUGACAGAUGCCUCUAACGAGGUCGUCUGUCCUCUAAAGAAUAACGACGGCUCCAAUUGUCGCAAGCGAUGCUUGGGAGAAAAACGCUUUCGCUCGAUGCAGGAGCACAUCCGGCGCGCUCAUCCCACUCACUACAUUCCUAAGCUGCCGGCUACCGAGGAGAGCUUUCUUCUCAUGGUGAACCAGGAGAAAGCUAUACAAGUUGAUUCUCCCCCCGAUGAACCUCACCCCGCCGCCGCCACCGCCGCUGUCGCACUGGCUCAAUUGCACCAUCAUCGCCUCGCCUCCGACUGGGAGGAGGACACUCGCUCCGUUGAACUCCCGCCUCUGCGCGAUCAUUUCAGACACGAAGACUCCCUCCCUCCCUUCUCUCCCCCGCGCCCGAGAAAGGAUUUCCUGCUCCCCUCCAUCCUAUCCCAUUCGCCCCCGCCGCGCUCCUCGACGCUGCCCCCGAUCCACCGCAAAGACCGGCUCCCCAGACCCCGCAAGUCGUCCAUCACGCAGAAUGCUCGCAAACCCAAACACGAUCGGCCCCGUCGUCCCAGUCUCGGUGAACGCAAGGCCUUGUCUGCGGAACCGCAAACCGCCGCCUGGGCCCAAGGUAAGCGCUGGGAAGAUCUGAUUGAAGCUGCUACGUCCGCUACAGAGGCCGAUGAUGACCGUUCUUCAGAGCACGGCCCGUCGCCUACGAUUCCUCCGCUUAUCGCCAAUAUCACCUCCGCACCGUUGGACCAGCCGAUCCGCUCCUCGCUCCCUCCUCCCGCCUUCCACCCCCCGCAUCGCUCGCUCCCCCCGCCGUACACUGCAUCGCCCCUACACAAGUCGCUGACCCCGCCACCGCAAAUGCACCGCGGUCGCGACUCGGAUCUAGAACCCUUCCCGUCCAUCGAAUCCUCGCUCGAUUCGGCCUCGAGUGCCUCAGGCAAGAACUUCCCGGUCUCUCGUAAUCUAGCCCCGUCCGCGCUAUCAGACUCCAGCCCGGUUUACAACAUGUACCCCUCAUCCAUGCACGCGCGACAACACCACCGCUUCUCGAACCCCACGCCGACAUCGCUCCGGAGCAGAGAAAUCACCAUCUACUGCGCUAGCUGCCAGCGCCCCUGGGCAUUGGACGACUGCUACGCCUGUACCGAAUGCAUCUGCGGUGUCUGUCGCGACUGCGUCGGGAUGUUCCUCACCAGUCCCGCCAACAUGUUCCGAAACAUAACCUCGAGUCCUGGCAGCGGCCCUACGAACGGCAUGUUUCACGGUCCCGGUCCUGGUUCUGGUCCUGGUCCAACUAGUCAUCCUAGUCCCGGUCCGAGAGGGUGUCCGCGAUGCCGUACGGUCGGGGGUAAAUGGAAGGCAUUUCAGCUUGAGUUUCGUUGAUCUCAUUUUCCGGUGAUGCACUUUGCUUUAAACUUUGCACUUUGAAUUUCUGCACAUAUGUUACGAUACCUGUUUGUUGAUAUUACGCUUUACGAUUCACGCUUGUUUUAUGCUUAUAUUGUGGUUUAUGUUGUUUACUAUUCUUUUCUAGGGAUACGCUUACGAAUGUACGACUGGACGUCCGGGAAAGGGUCAAGGUUAGGGCGUCAGUGUGCUUGCUUGUUGUUCGGUUACUGGUUUCUUGGAUUGUUUGUUAUACGAAAAGAAAAACGCCAAAAACAAAAAAAAAAAAAAAAAAAAAAAAAAAAAAAAA